AUGUUUUUUAUUUUAUUCUAUUUUAUCAAGUCAGAAGAACGUCUCCGAUUUGAUGAAGAAGGUCGUAUCAUCUUCCCAGACCCAGUUCUUAUUCCAGAAUAUUCAAAUCUCACACGUCAAACACUUGAUGAUGAAUGGAAAAACAUCCGAAUCAAGCUUAACAUGAGUUAUAUUACAUGUGAAGUUCGAGACCCAUCAAUGUGCUAUGAGGAAGGUCAAAUCAUCGAAUUUCAGGAUGCAAAUGAAAAUCUUGAAUGUAAUAAAAGUACGAUAUUUUCAAGUCAUGAUUAUACAAAUUUAACAAUCAUGAUACACAACUUAAAGGAUUUUGCAGAACGAUUUCUUAAAGUUCUCCCUACGCCAACUAAAGAUUAUGAUAUGGAACUAACUGUGAGAAUAAUUUACUUUCCUAGCACAUCUAGAGUAGUUGCACAAGCAAGACCCGAGACUUUUGAUGAAUAUUGGAGACCAACAUCAGGAACUAUAUGGCUGAAUGCAUUAGGAGUACUAUCUGAGCUAUCAAUAUUUGAAACAGAAUCAAGUAGUUAUAUGAACACUUUGAUUCAUGAAUUCACACAUUCACUAUAUGCAUUACAAGGAUUGUACCAUCCAAGAAAUUCAAAGGAUUUUUAUAAACGAGAUCAAAUGUAUUGCUCAUUGACUAAGUAUGGAAAAGAAUUCAAGUUCCAAAUAUCUCCAUAUUCACAUCUUUUUGCACAAAAACAUUAUGGUGUUGAUGAAUUUGUUGGUGAUGAUAAAACAUGUCCAUCAGGAAUUGAAAUAAAAGAUGGUGGCGGAAAAGGUACAAAAGAUUUCCAUCUUAAAGGAUUAACUUUCUUUGGUGAAAUAAAUAUCGGAACGGGCCCACUAAUUCGACUAACAGAUGCAGCAAUUGCUAUUAUUCAAGAUACAGGAAAUUACAUUUGCAACUGGUCAAUGGCUCAACCAUUAGUUUGGGGCAAUCGAGAAUCUCAAAUUGGAGGCCAACCAAUUAAAGACUUUGCUCUUUGA